UAUCAAAUUUUGGCGAGACUUCUUUACGUUAUUGACGUUGUGGGGUGGAAUGAGGACAUGCGGAUUUUUUCCUUGAUCAUCUGUGGAAUUAUCAAUUAGAGUUGUCGGUUAAGUUCCUAGUUUAGAAGAAGUAUAGUGUUGGAAUCAGAAUUGUACAUUCACGAACAUAGUUCUGAAUCCUCGUUUUAUAAAAACUAAGAUAUUCAACGUCUACUGCCACCUUCGGGAAAAUGGGACCAUGGAUGCACUUACAGAAACUCUCGGCAUUGGCAGUUGGAUCUGCUGGUGGCGUUGUGCUCUACAUGUACGCCACGCAAGACGAACGGAGAAGGUUCGUUGCGGCUUCGUGGACAACAAACUCGAAACCCAGUAAAUGUGCCGUGUGGGACUAUAACUGGGACAGGAGGGAGCCAACGUCACUAGUGGAGCCUCUGGGGCAUCAUCCAACUCCCGAUGACGAGAACAAGUACAGAGCAUCACUCGAGAAGACCAAAUCGAAAGCCACACGCCAUAUAAUUCUCGUUCGUCACGGCGAAUAUCUAGAUAAGUGUCUUGUGGAAGCGGAUAGAGUGCUCACUCCAGUCGGUCGUCAGCAAGCGAACUACACCGGCCAGCGCUUGGCGCAAUUGAAUAUUAAAUGGGAUAAGAUGGUCGUUUCGACGCAGGUACGAGCUCAGGAGACGGCUGAAAUAAUUGCGCAAAGCUUACGGAGUGUCCCGGUGGAACAUUGCUCCUUGAUUCGUGAAGGCGCCCCGAUUCCUCCCGAACCGCCGGUGAACCACUGGAAGCCGGAGCCAGCUCAGUUCUAUCGUGAUGGAGCCCGUAUUGAGGCGGCUUUCCGAAAGUAUUUCUAUCGUGCGGAGGCGGACCAGAAAGAGCAUAGUUACACUCUACUCGUUGGCCAUGGCAAUGUUAUUCGGUACUUUACUUGCAGGGCCCUACAAUUUCCACCGGAAGCAUGGCUACGCAUUAGUUUAAAUCAUGGGUCCAUCACAUGGAUAUCAAUCUUGCCAUCGGGACGUGUUACGUUGCGCACACUUGGCGACUCCGGACACAUUCCGCCUGAGUUAAUAACUCACAAAUAAUUUAUUGUUUCUUUAACUCGUUCAUUUGUUUUCUUUAAUUUAACAAUCUUCUAUAAGCUUACAGCACAAAUUAGUAACUUCUUCCAUUUCAUUUCCAGAAUUGACAAUAGCUAGAAACUUCCAAUCAGCAAACUCAUCCGGUCAUGAUCAUUCCAUCCAUCCUUUCCCAUGUCCCUCAAAUCACAGUAAACCUUCUAAACAUAUUUUGGGUUUAUUGCAUUUUUAAUGAAUUUGUUAAGCAGGAAAAUGUUUUUUUAUAAUGAAAAUAUUUCAUAUACAUAGUUACUAAUGAAGGAAGAACUUUUAUAAUGCUUGGUAAUAAACUGUUUUUACUAUUUA